UUAAACUAUCUUAUCACACACAAAAAUUUUGCGAUUGUAAACAACACUGCCAAAUCAAUUUAUUCGUCAUUCUAAAUAUCCCUCAUUCUAAAUCAACCGCAUUCUAAAUAUGGAAAGAAUCUGCAAAUCAGAUAUUUUAGAACAAUUAAUAUUCUACAGCCACACGGUCUUUCCGGAUAAUACCAUUUAUAAAUCUGAAGAACUGUCGUCGCAGAAUGAAGAAUAUAAACAAAUAUCUAAACUUUUUAAGGACAAAAAUAAGAAGAUAUUUCAGAUUCAGAAGAUAGAAAGAAUACACAAUCCCUAUCUGCUAACACAAUAUGCUAUAAAGAAGAAGCAUUUGGAGAAACUGAGCAAACAAGAAAAAACAGAAAUACCAAGAGAGAAACGUUUGUUUCAUGGAACCGGUAAAGAUGAAAUGGAAAGUAUUUGCAAAGCAAAUUUUGACUGGAGACGUAAAGGUACAAACGUUGGUCACAGAUUUGGACAAGGAGUAUCAUUUUCAGCUAAUCCGUACUAUGCUACACAUUACACUGAUGAUAAAGACGAGAUCAAGGUUAUAAUUGUGGCUAAGGUUUUGGUUGGACAUACAUGUAUUGGAAAUAAAAUGAUGAUUAUACCGGGCAACUGCGACACUAGUACAGAUAAAGAAGGUCAAAUUUUUAUUAAAUAUGAUGAUGGAACCUUCUAUCCAGAAUAUCGGAUAUAUUAUACGGGAUUUGACCCGGAAAAAUCAUGUUACUGUCAACAAAGAACGAGAACAAUCAGUUUAGGAGAUUUUAUUCCUGACCUGAUUAAGUAAACAGUAUACAUUAAGCUGUUUUUAGUUUUAAUAAAAUAAAAUAUUGUGUUUCACGUUUCAAAAGCC